AAUAGAAAAACAAUAAAGUGAAUUGGACACUCAUUGAACUUCUAUAAAUAGUAGCUUCCCAUAUUCACAAAUAACAUAGAAAAANAAACCAAUAUACCACUAAAUUCACCAAAAGUCUCUCGAAUUUCAAUACCGCAUUCACAUAUAAUCUCUCAAGCAAAUGGCCCCAUCACAGAAAGCUCCAACUUUCAAAGUGACCCGGAAUACCCCGGAGCUGAUUCCGCCGGCAAAGCCCACGCCCUACGAAUUCAAGCCUCUUUCCGACAUCGACGAUCAAGAGGGCCUCCGUUUCCAGAUUCCGGUCAUACAGUUCUACUGGAAUAACCCGUCCAUGGAGGGAAAAGACCCGGCCCGUGUCAUUCGGGCCGCUGUGGCAGAGGCGCUCGUCUACUACUACCCGUUCGCCGGCCGGCUGAGGGAGUUCGCCGCCAGGAAGCUGGUGGUCGAGUGCACCGGCGAAGGUGUCUUGUUCAUCGAGGCCGAUGCUGACGUGGCGCUGUCGGAGUUCGGGGACAGCCUUCAGCCGCCGUUCCCCUGCCUCGAGGAGCUGCUCUACGAUGUUCCGGGCUCCGGCGAGGUGGUCGGUUGCCCGUUGAUUCUCAUUCAGGUCACGCGCCUGAAAUGCGGCGGCUUCAUCUUCGCCCUCCGCCUCAACCACAGCAUGGCCGACGCCGUGGGCCUCGUCCAGUUCAUGUCUGCAAUGGCCGAGUUCGCGCGUGGUGCCCACGCCCCCUCCGUACGACCCGUGUGGGACCGCCACCUCCUCAGCGUACGGGACCCACCGCGCGUGACCCACACCCACCGCGAGUACGACUCCAUCCCCGACACCAAGGGGACCCUCGUUCCCCUCGACAACAUGUCCCACCGCUCCUUCUUCUUCGGACCGGCCGAGAUCGCCGCCCUCCGCGGCCGACUCCCGCCGGAACUCCGCCGCCGCUGCUCCUCCUUCGAUGUCCUCACCGCCUGCCUCUGGCGGUGCCGAACGGCGGCCAUCUCGCCGGAACCCGACGAGGAGGUCAGAGUCAUCUGCAUCGUCGACGCCCGCCGGCUGCUCGACCCGCCGCUCCCCGUCGGCUACUACGGCAACGCGUUCGCCUUUCCAGUGGCGAGGGCCGCCGCCGGGAGGCUGACGGGGAGCCCGCUGGGGUACGCGGCGGAGCUGGUGAGGGGGGCGAAGGCCGGCGUGACGGGGGAGUACAUGAGGUCGGUGGCGGACCUGAUGGCGACCGGCGGACGGCCGCACUUCGGGGUGGUGAGGACGUACCUGGUGUCGGACCUGAUCCGGGCGGGGUUCGAGGAGGUGGACUUCGGGUGGGGCGCGGCGGCGUACGGCGGGGCGGCGAAGGGGGGCGUGGGGGCGAUCCCGGGAGUGGCGAGCUUCUACAUACCGAUGAAAAACGGAAGCAGGGAAAGGGGCGUGGUGGUUCCCGUCUGCCUGCCGGCGGACGCCAUGGAGGUUUUCGUGAGGGAGGUCAAGGCCAUGGUGAAAAGGGGAAACGGCGAUACUUUCAUAGGUUCAUCACUGUAGAGUUUGUACGUUUUGCUUAUCAUGUUGUACUGUUGUACUAUUGUCUUAUGGUACUAAUGUCUUUGGGAGGAGUUGAGAUAAAAUAAUUGAGAUAAGAGGUUAAAAAAUAAAAAUAAAAAUAAUAGUAAUAAUUACCUGACGAGUGAGGGGCCUAUGUUGUGUACUUCGUCGGAUAAAAUUUGUAUCUACUGAAAAAUGAAAAUAUGUAUAUCUACUGGAAAAGUCUGAAAUGUUGAUCAUUUUACAUAACGAAUGAGAGCUAUGUCAUUAUUUAAUUUGGUAAUUGAGGUUUGCAAAUUCUAAUCUUAAUAAAGUACAUUAUAAA